AUGGCUGACGAUGGGAGUUUUUCCCGAUCAUCUACAAUUUGUUUUUUUCUUAUCUUGAUGCUGUCUGAAGUUAUCGGGAUUCGCACUGGGGAUCAUGUUUUUACUAGAAGGAAUUUACUUCAAUUAUUGAAUGAUCAAGGACUAACUAAAUUCCUGGAUUUAAUUACAAAAGCUGAAAUCCAGGGUACUUUUACCAGCACAGAAGAAAUGACUGUAUUUGCCUUCAAUAAUACAGCCUUUGAUAUAUUACCAAGUGAAAGAAAAACUGCAAUACGGAAAAAGAACAGAGAGGAAACAGAAAAUUUUGUCAAAUUCCACACAGUUUACAAAGAGAGAAUUUUGACCGAGAACAUGCUAGACAAUUCUAGACUGAAAAGUAAUGGGCUAAACCAAAACAUUUUGUUUGUAAACAAAAAACGUCUUCAGAUUGGUGUUGAUUAUGACAAAACUGAACAAAUUUUCAUCAAUGGUGCCAGAAUUGUCAAGAGGGACAUUUAUGCAACAAAUGGAAUCCUUCAAAUUAUUGACAGAGUCUUGGAGAUUACAAGCAAUAAAAUGGCUGUACCUUAUCUUGACCACCCUGAUGAUCCUCGUGUAAAGGGAAAACAGUUCUAUGAUCUCGUACGGCAUAGUGAGGCACGUGAUGAGCUGAAAAAUGAAGCACAGCUGACACUUUUUGUCCCCACUGAUAAAGCUAUGGAACGAAUAAAUAAAGAAAAACUUGAUCAACAAAGACAGAACCCACAAGCACUUAAGGAGAUAAUCCUUAAGCACAGAAUUAGUAAUCAAGUGAUUUUUACGUCAACUGUGGAGUUUGGAACCCAAUGGACUCCCAACAGCAAUAUCCCAAUUUUGAAUAAAAAUACUUAUGAACAAGUUUUUGUCACAUCGGGAGAUACUACAGCUCAGAUUGUCCUUGGCAAUGUUACUGUUGGUAAUGGAGUGAUCCAUAUGAUUGACAACCUGUUAGGAUUUACUUAUAAUAAUGUGAUGGAACAAAUUAUUGGAGAUCCACAACUCUCGUAA